UCUCCAGUCUCCACUGCCUCUCUCUAAUCGCUAUUUCUCUUGCUUCUUCUUCUGUUUCUCUUUUCUUUUUUUUUUCGUCCUUCAACCUGAGGUCGGCGACGUCAAUGGCGAAAUCGAAGCAGGAGGAAGACGAAGUGGCGAAGGCGGACGGUCUGGAGAUAAUCUCGAUCGGGCGCUUGUACAAAGGACCCUGGGAUAAGAAGUACUGGAGCUGCUCUAGGGGAAAAGACCGAUACCCUUAUCCGAUUGGAUAUCAAGCUGUCCGAGCUCAUGGUGGGAGCAGAUGUAAGAUAGAAGUUUGUGAAGGUUCUAAAGGGCCCUUGUUUAUGGUUACUGCUGCGGAAGGACAUUCAUGCUCUGGGCAAACCCCGAACAUUGCCUGGGAUAGGUUUCAAAAGAAAGGUUUCCCCCGUAUGAAGAUAUGGCAUGGAAAGAGAUUUUCUUGCAAGAUAGAUGGCACUGAGUUCUUUGGCUUUAAGGAUCCAUUGGUCCAACGAUUGCUUAGGGAGCUAGUGGCCAAUGUAGAUGGAAUUGCAGAACCGAAUCUGCUAAUCUCCAGCUUCUGCAGUGGCCCUUCCCUAACAGAGCAAGAACUUAGAUGCCCUGAUUCACGCUCAUAUCCUGAUUUACUGGCAUGUUUGGUUGAGCCACGAACUACGAGAAAGAGAAGUAAGAGACUGGAAAACACAGGUACGAGCUCCAGCUCUGAAGUUCUCUGUAAAAGACUGCAAACAUCAGUUCUGGAGAAUGCUAAGGACUUGAAUCCAGGAGGACCAGGUCAGGGAAGUCAGUGGAAGUGUAACAGUGUUGGCUCAUCCAUUUACUCAGCUUCAGGUGGAGAUAAAAUCAUUUGCGGAUCUCCUGGAAUAUUGUCGAAGCAAAUGAACUCAAACAUUGUGACCGAGUAUGAUAAGGUUGAAGAUGCAGAUGAAAAGAACCUUGAAUGCCCCGAAGAUCACAAAUCUACUGGCCUAAUCCAAUGUGUAUCCACAGCAGAAGAAUCCCUUGAUAGGUUAGAAAAUGGUGCAGCCCCUGGGUUCAGCUACUCUGUGGUAAUGCACAACAUUGAAGAACCUGCAUCUGUGAAUGACGCUGGUGUCAAUGGCAGCGACAUGCCUCUUUGUGCACUUGAUACUUAUGAUAGUUUGCAAGUAGACAACGGAGAUAAAUCGCAUGAUUGUGAGUUGGCUAGUCUCGGCAAAACAGCUCUCAAUUCAGAAGGCGUGGUAGCUGCAAACCACAAGUCUGAUUUUGAUGAAUUGGCUUCUGAAUCACAUUCCAGAGGGGAGAUGGACAAGGACCCUUUGAAUUUUAGCUCUGAAAAUAGUGAUCUUGAUUCUGUUGGUCAAGAUGUAGCCAAGUCUAUGAUGACAGUUCUGCUUCCACAAGCACUCCCUCUGCUCAAGUUCUCAAGAAAGAAGAGUAAAGCAAAGCAAGGUGUUAGUGAUCCAGGACAUCUUUUAGGUGCUGUGGAGUUUGAGGAUAAAAAUGCUGGUUCGUUUGUUAAUGGAUCAUUUACUGAUCUAGCAAACUAUGAAAAUGCACGAGUAGAAAGGGAAGAGAACAUGCUAGUCCUAGCUGCAGAUUCAGCUUCUAUCAUCAGAAGUUCUAAGAAUAGCAAUGCAGCAGCUCCUGACAGCUUUAAGGAUAAACCUAAUGAUAUCAAUAUGAGUGGCACAAAUAGUAUUGUUUGUCUUGAUGAAAUGCAUGCUCUCUCCAGUGAAAAAAUUCAAGGAGAUCGUGUUGAUUCUGGGAAUGUUUUUCACUAUGGAUCUCCGGACCUUCCAUCCGAAUGGGCUAAUAUGAGCACAGACUCAUUUUCAUUUGAAGAGGGCCUCAUAACUACAUCUGAUUGUAUUUCAGAUGCAUAUGAUUGCAGUAGGACUAACCAUGAAGCUGAUGCCAAAGCAGGUCUUGCAGACAAUGACUGUGCCAUGAUUGAGUCUAAAACACUUUUGACUGGCAAGUCUCAAUGCCCACCAUCAGAAGGCACUGCGUGCAGGAUUUUCAGAAAUGAUUGCAUUGCUGAAAGAUGUACUGCCGCUGGAGCCAUCCUUUGCCAAGAUAUAAAUGAUGAACCAGGUGGUAGUGAUAUUGCUAAAGUCCUGACGAUUGGACAUUCUGAUGAUUUGCCUAUAGAGAUGCCUACUACAAAUGUUAAGUAUAAUAGAAAUGAGGAUACCCCUGGUUCACAAGUUCAAGCGUUUGCCUGUGCAUCAGUCAAGAAGAAUAUCUUGAGCUUCCCUUCAUCUCAACCCUCAAUUGACGAGAAACCCAGAAACUCUUUACCAUCCACAGUUAUGCUUGAUAGCGUGAGAGAUACUGCUAAGAAAGAUCCGGCUGUUCCACAGUUAAAAUCAUCUGGGAAUGUGCAGCUCAAUAAUGAGCAGCAAAGCAUAUGUCAGCUUGUUGGUUGCUAUAUUCAUCCUCUUCCAAUUGUGGCAGUGUGGUUGAGUACACAUGAAAAUGAGAUAUAUAUUUGUAUUCUCUCUGGCCUUGAAGAGGAUAAAGUGAAAACCUUGUUUCUUUACAAGGUACCCACUGAACAUGCAGGGGCAGGAUGCCCUUCGUUUCUUGGUCAUACGCCAGUUACCUUCCCGAUCCCACAAAAGAUAUAUGGUGGUCAGAUUGCGCCAGAAAGAUCUUACUUACAGUUCACACCGCAUGGAAAAGGCCUCGUUUUUCUUGGCUGUGUGGAAGCACCAUGUUGCAGGGAAAGAAGAAUUUCAUGUUCAUGCUCAACAUGUGCAUUGGUCUCAUUUGAUGAGAAUGCCAUAAGGAUUGUUCAAGCAAACAUGGGUUAUGUAACUCUCAUGGCAAAUCUGAAAGCUAUUGACAGGGUACACUCAAUAUUGGUCUGCGAACCUGACUAUCUGGUUGCUGUUGGAGGGAGUGGGAGACUGCAUCUGUGGGCCAUGAAUUCUGCCUGGAGUGCUGAAACAGAAGAAUUUGAUAUACCAACCAGUGAUUGCGAUUCUCCUUGCAUUGUGGAGUUGAAGAAAAUCCCGAGACAUGCAUACUUAAUCGUUGGACAUAAUGGCCUUGGGGAAUUUAGUCUGUGGGAUGUAUCAAAGCGCAUUUUCUUGUCUAAGUUCUCUCAUCCCAAUCCUUCAAUCUGUAGCUUCCUUCCAAUCGGCUUAUUUAGAUGGAGAAGGGAAGAUUUUAUUUCGGGUAAUAGAAAUUUAGAGGAGCAUCUCAAUGUAAUUAUGGAAGCAACAAUGAAGGACUCCUUGGGGCAUGAUGUAAACUGCAACUUUCUUCAUUUAGAAGAGGAAGAUAUUGCUUUAUGGCUUCUAGUCGCUGCUGUUUCUGAGGCUGAACAUGACUAUCAAUCAAAUGCCUGCCGAACAGAUUCAGUUGUAGGAUGGAGACUAGCUCUAUUGGCAGAGAAAAUGGUUAUCUUGGGAAAUACGUUGGAUCAAAGGGCCACUUCAGUUGGUGUAUUAUCUGGUCAAGGGAUCAUUGCUACAAAUGGAGGAUGUAUUUACAUGUGGGAGUUAUCUACUGGAAAAAGACUGGGGACUCCUCAUCAAUUCCCAGGUGGCAGCGUCUCUUGUAUUGCUACCAGUGAUUCUACUCCAGCUGUCUUUGCAGCUGCUGGUGAUGGAGGGAAGUUGCUGGUUUAUAGGCAUUCUCAGUUUAAGGCAAUCGACAGGGAAAUGAUGCAACCAUAGGAUUUGGGUCUUCCCAAGUUUUCAGGUUUUUUCUUUUGGCCAGUGAUUUCAGAUCUUCCAUUAACUUGACGUGGAGACUUAUCAUGGGGUUCCAUAGACAUGCUCAUUUUUUGCAGUCGAGGAAUCGGGAUGCUCCUGGCCAGACAUCUGAAUUGUUCUUAAUCUCUGAAGGUGGUUUCUCAAAAACAUGUAUACUUAACGGUUGGAAGACAUCAAGCUGCCAUUUGGUCAACGAGUGUGCUCUUUCCCCAACUUUAGUUUGGGCAAUUCACUUUUAAAGCUACUCAUAGUGUUGUAAUUGUGAAUAACAUGCAAAACUGAUACGAUUAGGGCACAGUUGGCUAGUUAAUUUGCCUCCCUUUGACAAGCUCCUGGCGCAAUGAGUCGAGCAUGAUGUAUAGGGUGUGAUCAAGGGCCCUUGAGCUUUCGUGUCAAGCCACAUCCACUAUGCUUUUGAGCUACUGUGAGGAUUCCCCAGAUGAAUAAAGUUUUUCUCUAACCCUUUGUCUCUCAAA